AUGUCGUCUCGCCGUGCAGCUCUCGUCACCGGUGCAGCGCAGGGCAUUGGGCGCGCCGCCGCACUGCGUCUCGCGAGGGACGGGCUCGAUGUUGCUGUGAGCGACCUGGAGCACAAAGCCGCAGACGUUGAGCAACUGGUCAAUGAGAUUCGGGGCUACCGACGCAACUCUGUCGCCGUGUAUGGUGAUGUAUCCUCCGAGGAAGCUGUUGUCGCACUAGUAGACCAAACCGUCUCCGAACUCGGAUCCCUCGACGUUGUGGUAGCCAAUGCCGGUAUCUUCGAAGCAGAAAGCAUACUGACAAGUGAAUAUACUUGGCAGAGAGUCAUGGAUGUCAAUGCGAAGAGCGCGUUCCUCUGCAUCAAGCAUGCCGCCAACAUGAUGGUCAAGCAAGGAAAAGGCGGUAGGAUCAUCGUUGCCUCAUCACUUGCUGGAAAGCAAGGUGCUGCUAAUGUAGGUGCAUACUGCGCUAGUAAGUUUGCUGUUAGAGGCCUAGUUCAAGCGUCCGCCGCGGAACUCAAGCAACACAAAAUCACUGUGAACGCGUAUGCGCCUGGUUUCAUUACUACUCCUAUGCGUACGCGUCGCUCCCCGGUGAGCAAUACUGCUCUCGAAAUUGCUAGCUUGUCCCAUAUUAUGACAGGGCUAGAUCGUUCUGCCCUUCCCACUCAGGGCACCCCAGAGGAGGUUGCUGGCCUUGUCUCAUAUUGGGCGAGCGAGGAAGCGGGAUACGUUACAGGCCAAACAUGGGCGAUUGAUGGCGGAACGUACUUUGACUGA